GUGGUGUACACCAACCUACAUCUACAUCCAUCAAUGUUGCCAGCGAAGCAGAGUUGGCUUCCCAUGUGCACCACCUAGCAGCUUUUAGCCCUCUGCUGUGUCUUCCUGGAGCCACAGCUUCUUGCGUUAUGGAGCGCUUCAGCAAACCUGAGCCUCAUCUCCUCCUCCCUUACUGUGUCUACCGUGGCCAUCGGGUAUGGUGGGUCCACUUGUGCUCCUCUCUGUCUGUCUUCCUGGGAGGGCUGCUGCUCCUUCUACUCCUCAGGAGCUGCCACUUUGGCCUCAACACGGUUGGCACGGUACUGCCUGAAUGGAUGUGGAAACGUCAGCGAAAAAAGGCUGUGAUGUCCAAAGUAAAUCUGAGCUCCGCGUUGAAAGAAUGGGCAGUGAAGGUCAUUUCUGCCCAGCAGCUCUCAGGACAAAUCCUGAUGGUGAUUUUCUUUUGCUUCAACACCGGAUCAUUCGUACUGUAUCUACUCCAAACACCAGAACCUGUUGAGCAUUGCAUAGAGGCGCAUGGCAUUACAUCUCUCAUGGAUCUGAUCUUCAACAUUGCCCAUCUUCUUCAUUUUGGAUUCAGGUUUCUUGCAGCACAAGAUGUGCUCCAGUUCUGGGUGGAAAUGAAGACGCUAGUGGAUUUCAUAACCAUCCCGCCCUCCUUCAUCAUGCUCACCACACGUAGAGCAUGGCUAGGACUGAGAUUCAUCAGGGCUCUGUACAUCCUGGAGCUUCCAUUGAUCCUGCAAGUGCUUGGCAUACUCAAGAGCAACACAUCCCUGAAGCUGUCCCGCCUCAUUGGCAUUAUUGUAGGAACUCUGCUCACCUCUGCUGGGCUCAUCCAUCUGUUUGAGAGCUCAGGUGACCCCUGGCUGGAUUUCCGUAACAAGGCACCUCGCAGCUACUUCGACUGUAUCUACUUCCUGGUCGUCACCAUGUCAACAGUGGGUUAUGGCGAUGUGUACAUGAACACUGUGCUGGGUCGCCUGUAUGUCACAGUCUUCAUUGCAAUUGGCCUGGGCAUGUUUGCCACCUUCGUCCCAGAGGUCGUAGAGAUUGUAAUAAAUAGGGAGAGAUUCGGUGGGAGAUAUAAAGAUGAAGGAAGACUGCAUGUGGUGGUGUGUGGACACAUCACUCUGGCUAGUGUGUCAGCGUUCAUGAGAGAGUUUCUCCAUGAGGACAGGGGAGAUGUUAACAUCAGGGUGAUUUUCUUGGGGAAUUUUUGCCCUGACCAACAAUUGGAGGCUUUCUUCAACAGGUGGUUCAUGCAUGUUGCCUUCUUCCAAGGUUCUGUUUUAAAGCGAACAGACCAGGAGAGAGUGAUGCUGCAAAAAGCGAGUGCUUGCUUGAUUCUCUGUGAUAGAAAUGCCACAGACCCACACAAUGAGGAUGUCACCAAUCUCAUGAGGGUGAUCUCCAUUAAACAGUGCUGCCCCAACACCAGAGUCAUUGUGCAGAUGUUGAAACACAACAGCAAGGCUUACCUGCAGAAUGUGUCCAACUGGGAGUGGAGCCGGGGCGACGACGUCAUCUGCCUGUCAGAGCUCAAGCUGGGCUUCAUGGCUCAGAGCUGCAUGGUGCCAGGAAUCUCCACGCUCCUGGCCAACCUCUUCAGCAUGCAGGGCUCUGCCCAGACAGAUGAAAGUUCUUGGCGGAGGCUUUAUAAAGAGGGCAUGGACAAGGAGAUUUACACUGAAUACCUCUCCAGUUCUUUCACAGGCCUCUCAUUUGCAGAAGCCAGCAAAUUGUGUUUCCUGAAGCUCCAUAUGAUUCUGAUUGGAAUAGAGUACCAAGACAGGGAGGGGGAGUACUGUGUUUUAGUGAAUCCUCCGAGCCACAUCAAGAUAAAGCAAAAGACCCUGGGCUUCCUCAUUGCGAGUGAUGCAGCAGAUGCACAUAGAGCCAGUUUUUAUUGUCGCAUUUGCCACAGCGACAUUGAGGAUAUCUCGAGAAUGAAACCAUGCAAGUGUGUGAAUGUUUCCGUGUCCUCAUCUUCACUCCUGAGCCUUAGACAGCCAUCGUUGGGAAUUCUCCCCUGCCUGGAACGGGAGGAUGGUGAGUCAGUUUCGGAGCCUUUGGAGGAUGAAGAGGUGAGGCUGGACUCCACAGGGAUGUUCCACUGGUGCCACCCCGUCCCGCUAGAGGACGUCUCGCUGACCAGAGACAGAGCGUCGGUGCUGCCGCUGCGCCAGCACGUGGUGGUGUGUCUGUUUGGGGACGAGAAGUCCAGCCUGCUGGGCCUGGGCGACUUCAUGAUGCCGCUGAGGGCCAGCAGCAUCACCACCCCUGAACUCAAGACCGUUGUGUUCCUGGGAGACCCCAACUACUUCAGAAGGGAGUGGCCCAAUAUCCGAUACUUCGACAAGAUUUACUUCUUGCCUGGCUCACCUCUGUGCACGGCUGACCUGCGGGCAGUGCGGGUGGAGACCUGUGCCAUGUGUGUGGUCCUCAGCACCUUCAGCAACCCCGAGCACUUUGAGUCAUCCAUGCAGGACAAGGAGACCAUCCUGUCCUGCGUCAACCUCUUCCACACGCGCUUCACCCGCGAGCCCUCCCAGUUGCACGGCCUACACGGCCGCCGCAGCAGCUACGGCUACCCAGGGCCUCGGCUACCAGAAGCCUCUCCACCUCCUCCAAAGAAAGGGACCACAAUUCCUCUGCUGGUGGAGCUCGUGAACACCUCCAACGUCCAGUAUGUGAGUGAUGCGGAAGAGCUCAAGAGCUGCCCGGGUAUGACUUUGACCCAGGCGUUUGCCGUCGGCUCAGUGUUCUCCAUGGACCUGCUGGACUCUCUCAUGGCGGCUACAUACUUCAAUGCCAACGUGCCCAACCUGAUCAACACGCUGGUGACGGGCGGAGACACGCCCGCCCUGGAGGCCCAGCUGGCGGAGGACAACCAUCUGCGCGAGGGCGAUAUGUGCUUGAGACUGAACAUGCUGCGCCAACGCUCCAAACUGGCACAGCUGCGGCUGGAUGACGAGCCCCUCUGCCGCCUGCAUUGCCUCAAAUACGAGGAUCUGUUCGUCCAGGCCUUGGACUCGCUGGAGAUCCUGUGCUUCGGGCUCUAUCGGCUGCUGGAUCCUCCCAACCCAUCUAUGAAGAGGUUUGUGAUCACAACCCCCCCGAGGGACCUGCCCCUGGAGCCUGCCGAUAAGGUCUUCUGCUCAGUACCCUUCCACCAGAGCCACCAGCUCACGCGGCGGGGGUCCCAAAGUCCCAACUAGACCCUGGACUGGACAGGGCAAGAGUGGACUGGAGACAUGGCGAGUGACCUCCACAGAGGUUUGGAAGAGAGACUACU